GUUCAGUUUCCUGUUGAGCAGUACACGUUAUACACAGCAUGGCAGGUCUUACUAAACUUGAGAAGUUGUCCAGAGGUCUUCUAAAGCUGGUAGAGAGAUGUAAUUCCUUCAUCUUGCCUGGUUCAUCUAGACCGGAAUGUCACACUUUCCUUGUCCACAGUUGUCAGGUUGGUCUGAUUCAGCCAGAUGUUUGGAAACACCUCAUCAACUACCCUGAUGUGUUUGUCAUUUCUGGUUCAGAUGAGUUGACCAGUAGGAAAAGUCUAUCUAUAAAAGACACAUUUAAGACUGCGAAUGAACGUACAGCAGCUGUUGCUAAAGUACUAGAGGACCUGCGCCAAAAAGAUGUUUUUUUAUCGCUCAGGGGAUGGAGAAAUGAGACUUAUGAUAUCAGACACACAUUUGCUGAAGUUCCACUGUUAGCCAUCGAGCGCUCAGGUACUGGUCUGUUUGGAACUGUAGAAUAUGGUGUCCAUAUCAACGGUUACUGUCAUAAAGAUGGCCAGCUAAUGAUGUGGGUAGGUCGGAGGUCAAAGACAAAACAGACAUAUCCGGGUCUCCUUGAUAACAUGUGUGCUGGUGGCCUGAGCUCAGGUUUGGGUGUACGAGAAUGUGCUAUAAAGGAAUGUCAAGAGGAAGCUUCAGUUCCCAUGGAGAUGUUUUCAGGACUUCAUCAGACAGGUUGUAUCAGCUAUAUUUAUGAAGAUGAAAGGGGAAUCUUCCCUGAAUGCGAGUUCACAUUUGACAUGUUGUUACCGGAGACUUUUAUCCCUGUUAAUGCUGAUGGAGAAGUCGACCAUUUUGAAUUGAUGUCCAUGGAGAAGAUUAAAGAAAUGAUAAUUGAUGAAGAAUUUAAACCCAAUAGUGCGUUAGUCAUAAUGGACUUCAUGAUUCGACACGGUCUCAUUACAACAGAAAAUGAACCGAACUUGUGUUACCUGAUCGAGAUGAUGCAUAUUCCUCUACAGAAGAUCUACAGUACAGGAAGUGGAUUCUAACUACCAAUAUCCAUACAUGUAUUACAGAAACAUCUGAUAAAAUUCCAUGAUCUAUGAUUAAUUAAACAGUGUAAUAAUAUUUUCAUGCAAUUAAUUGUAGACACACCUUCAAUAUCCAAGGGUUUAUGUGAUUACCUUAUACAUGUCAUCUGUCCGUCCUUAUUAUUUUACAACAGAAUAAAUUUGUAAAUAUGUUUCAACCAUAUUCCUUUAUUCUUAUGUAACUUAUGAUGAUAUGUCAAACAUAAAUCAUUUUUUUCAUUCCUAACAUAUAUAUAUAUAUAUAAAGCUCAAUAAAUCCACAAAUCAUGCUAACCAUGAAA